AUGAGCUUGUAUGGACGAAGGGCAACCCUGCCUGUGAUUAGCCCAAUCAUUCUGCAAAAACGGGUAAUUAAAGUAUAUAGUGAAGAUGAAACUAGCAGAGCUUUGGAAGUACCCGGUGAUAUAACAGCCAGAGAUCUGUGCCAGUUGCUGAUACUGAAGAACCAUUAUGUUGAUGAUAACAGCUGGACACUGUUCGAACAUCUUACUUGCUUACGGUUAGAGAGAAUAAUAGAAGACCAUGAGAUGGUGGUUGAGAUCCAGUCAAAAUGGGGAAUUGAUGAAGGCAAUAGGUUUUACUUUAGGAAAAAUUAUGCCAAAUAUGAGUUCUUCAAAAAUCCUGAGAUAUUUUUCCCUGAACACCUGGUAUCCUUCUCAAAUGAAAUGAAUGGGGCAAUGAGCCAUCCACAGAUACUUCAGAUGUUUUUAAGUUCCAGUGCUUAUCCUGAAAUUCACAGUUAUUUACAUGCUAAAGAACAAGGGAAAAAAUCUUGGAAAAAGAUGUACUUUUUGUUGAGAAGAUCUGGUUUAUAUUUUUCCACUAAGGGCACAUCAAAGGAGCCGAGGCACCUGCAGCUUUUCAGCGAAUUCAGCAGCAGUGAUGUGUACAUGUCUUUAACAGGCAAAAAGAUAUCUGGACUCCCAGCCAGCUUUGGGUUCUGCUUCAAGCCUCACAAAGCAGGAGGAGCCAGAGACCUGAAACAACUUUAUGCCGACAGUGAACAAAGUAGGACCUGCUGGAUGACAGCCAUUCGGUUGCUUAAGUAUGGGACGCAGCUGUACCAGAAUUACAUGCAGCGCUAUCAAGGUAGAAGUGGGUGCAGUUCUCUUAACACACCUGUGAGAAGUGCCUCAGAGAAUUCUCUAGUGGCCAUGGAUUUCACGGGGCAUAAAUCCAGAGUUAUUGAAAACCCCACUGAAGCUCUUUCGGUUGCAGUUGAAGAAGGAUUAGCAUGGCGGAAGAAAGGGUGCUUACGGCUUGGAACACACAGUAGUCCUGCCACUUUGCAAAAUGUUCUGCCAAAUAUAGCCAUACACAGUGCACAGCCGUGGUUUCACCAUAAGAUCUCUAGAGAUGAGGCACAUCAACUGAUUUUGAGACAAGGACUGGUGGAUGGAAUUUUUUUGGUACGGGAUAGCCAAAGUAACCCCAAAACUUUUGUGCUGUCAUUGAGCCAUGGAUUAAAAAUAAAGCACUUCCAAAUUGUGCCAUUGGAGGAAGAAGGCAAAGUAUUUUAUACUUUGGAUGAUGGCCACACCAGAUUUUCUGAUCUCAUUCAACUCGUGGAGUUCUACCAGCUCAAUAAAAGCAUCCUUCCUUGCAAGUUAAAGCAUUACUGUGCCCGAAUUGCACUUUAG